CCUUAGCAACAACACACAGCAGCAGCGUCGAAUAAGAUACUCCUACCGCAGAGAGGACGGAUUAAACACCGCCGCUUAAUUGCACCGACUACAGGUGAAGGCUUUUAUACGAAAGGGAUGCCUCGGUUGUUUUUGCAGUUCAACAUGGGGCGCGACUUCAGCUAGCGAGCAGCCCCAAGCUGUCCCAAAAAGGAGGGCAAAUCCGGGGGGUUCACCGAGUGGUAGCAUCGCUGUUCGCUAACCGGGAAUAAGCACGGGAAUGGUACUCUGGAUCGACUCACUGUACCGACAGAGAGAGGCGAGGGGCACACGGGUCACACCACCUAGCUGUAAUAUCUGGACUCAAACUAUUUUUAAGAGAGGGAGCAUCUCUCCGGCGGACGAGUGUUUUGUGGCUGUGCGAGCUAGCUGACUGGCUAGCUGAGGGAAAUCGACCCCCAUCCGCCCGCCUGCAGCCAAGGCUAAUGUUAGCCAGCACACUGAAGACACAACUGUGUGGUUUUAAUAAAAUAAAGGAGAAAUUACAGUCAAAGUCUAGAAGAAAGCUAGCUGACCCCAAAAGGAGGAAAAUAACCAGCUAGCUUGUUAGAAACCCCAACUCCGGGGUACUUUAGAAAACACUAACAACAAAGUUUUAAAUGCUAUUAGCUACGCUGGCUACGUGACUAUACUUUGAAUCUUUGUUUCACUUGUUUUUUUUAACUUUUGGAUUUUUUCCCACUUCGGAUGCUGGCAUCACAUUUUAAUUGCAAUCAUGAUGAUAAUAAGCAGAAAACCAGAGGGCCCAAUAGCAACAGCACGCCAUGGUGACGGCCUGUAUGACUCGUACAUGAGGACGGAUCACAUCCUUAAAGACGAGGCAGAUACAAACAGUCCUUCUGGGCUGCCCCCCAUGCCCAAACACACAGUUGUCAGUAACAAGAGCGUAAUGAGGGAUCAGGUAACUGUGCGAGGUGGCCAGCUGAAGGUCAAGUACCUGUAUGAAGACUCCACCAACAAUCGAAAGAUAAAUGCCAUAACUACAGCAACCACUCAGAACAGUGGGACCACUGGUCAGACACCCAGUAGACCUGCCCCAAUCUCCAGCUUGUCCAAGGAGCACAGUGUAGACAGCACUGAAUCCAGUAAGGGCUCCAGUGAAUCCAGUGGCUCACAUGGUGUUGGGAAUAGUGGGAAGUCGUGUGGCCCUCUCACUCCUGACCAGGCUCUGAGACUGUAUCGAUCUCAACUGACCACCCUGGAGCAAACAGAGAUCCACUCCUACCCAGACGUCUACUUUGUGGGACCCAAUGCCAAGAAGAGACCAGCAGUUGCUGGAGGCAACAACAAUUGUGGCUAUGAUGAUGAGCAGGGCGGCUACAUCCACGUGCCACAUGACCACCUGGCUUACCGCUAUGAGUUUCUCAAGAUUAUUGGUAAAGGUAGCUUCGGUCAGGUGGCCAAGGUAUACGACCACAAACUGCAGCAGCACCUGGCUCUGAAAAUGGUUCGCAAUGAGAAGCGCUUCCACCGUCAGGCACAGGAGGAGAUCCGCAUCCUGGAGCACCUGCGCAAGCAGGAUCGCAACGGCACCAUGAAUGUUGUGCACAUGCUAGAAAAUUUCACCUUCCGCAACCAUAUCUGCAUGACCUUUGAGCUGCUGAGCAUGAACCUGUAUGAGCUUAUAAAGCGCAACAAGUUUCAGGGUUUCAGCCUGCCUCUGGUCAGGAAGUUUGCUCACUCCAUUCUGCAGUGCCUGGAGGCCCUGAGCAGGCACAGAAUCAUCCACUGUGACCUCAAGCCUGAAAACAUCCUGCUCAAACAGCAGGGACGCAGCGGCAUCAAGGUGAUUGACUUUGGCUCCAGCUGCUUUGAACACCAGCGGGUGUACACCUACAUCCAGUCCCGUUUCUAUCGAGCUCCAGAGGUCAUCCUUGGCUCACGCUACGGCCUUCCUAUAGAUAUGUGGAGCUUUGGCUGCAUACUGGCUGAACUGCUCACUGGCUACCCCCUGUUCCCCGGAGAGGAUGAGGGUGACCAGCUGGCCUGUGUCAUGGAGCUGCUGGGCAUGCCUCCACAGAAGGUUCUAGAGCAAGCCAAAAGGGCAAAGAACUUCAUCAACUCCAAGGGCCACCCGCGCUACUGUGGAGCCAACACCCUGCCCACGGGUGCCACUGUGCUGACGGGGUCUCGCUCCCGCCGUGGCAAGAUGAGAGGCCCUCCAAGUAGCAAGGAGUGGAGUGCUGCACUCAAGGGCUGUGAGGACCCCACCUUUACUGACUUCAUAAAGAAGUGUUUAGACUGGGACCCCUCGUCUCGUUUAACCCCCAGCCAGGCCCUCAGGCACCCUUGGCUGUAUCGCCGGCUGCCCAAACCCCUACCUGGGAGCGAGAAGAGCCAAGGGGCUACAGUGAAACGGCUCCCCGAGCACCACAGCACCUCUUUCCCCUCUAUCUUGGCCAAAGGAGGGCCUGGCUUAAGCACCACAGCAGCCAACAACAAACUGCGGAGCAACAUGAUGGGAGAUUCAGGGGAGGCCAUACCACUUCGCACAGUCCUACCCAAACUUGUCUCUUAGAGAGAGAAAGAGAGAGAGAGAGAGAGUCCCUUUAAUCUCCUCUCUUCCUCCACUUCUUCCUCCUCUGCACUCCUCAGGAGGAGUCAGAGUGCAGGAGAAAGUGGACCUAGGUUUUAAAACUUGUUUGGUUGUUCUUUUAUUUGUUUUCUACUGAGAGGUGUCGACACCCCAGUUCCUGGUUUUUAAUAUUAGCCGAACAGAAAGAGAGAGACAAUAAAAGAAAAACUCUAUAAAGUUUUUAUACAGAGGAUUUCCUUGAGCGGCUGUGGAAUUUCUGUUUGCAGCCAUUGAUAAGGUUUGAUUUAGAUAAUGCUUUAAAAAAAAAAAACCUUGUGUGAGUGGACAGCUUCGUAAAUGAGCAAAUGUUUUUAACCCGUGUGUGUUCUCACGUGAGUGUUUUGUUUUAGUAAAAGACACUCAAGCACACCUGCACUGUCACUUGUCUUUCUUAACACUCAGAGGACACCACCCUUUCUGGGGAAGUGUUUUUACGAGUGAAACUUGAAAAGGGCUACAGAGAUUACUCUUAUCAGGUUAGCAAGUAAAGAUUUGUUCAGCCAACAUCGUUUAAUAGAGGGAAAAAAAAGAAUCAUGCUCUAGUGUUUGGGCCCUGCACACACUGACACAGUUGACAAAAAUGCCUUCAAACAGGUACUGAGGGAUUGGCAUUAUGCAGCGAAUAAUUAGGAGAACAUGUGUUUAGCAAUAAGUGUUCACCUCCUCAUUUUUUUUCUAAUACUGUUCUUCUUUUCUACCUUUCUUGAUCCCUGGUGCUUGCAUGUCAGCUCAAUAUGUGACAUUAGUAUGUGUGUGUGCUUUAGCUUUGUGGUGCUACUGUGGGAGACAUCAAGAGGAUAUAGGACAGCCCCCUUCUCCAAACUCCCUGCCUGAGUGAAAAGAGGGGGGUGGGAAGGACAGUAGCUCCACUUAACUCUGUCACCAAGGUGUCAUGGCCACACUCGAUACGGUACUUCACAAAAUGGUUUGUGUGAGACUAUAUAUAAUUGGCAAUUGACUGCUGCAAUUUUUUGCAGUGGUGCAUUAAUCUUAAUGUGGAAGAGUAGUGCAAGGUGAGAGAGAUCAUGGGAUAAUAUGAAAGGCUGUAUGUUCAGUAUGAGCAGAGAUCUUUUUUUUUCUCUGGGGGAGGUUUAGAGGAGUCUACAGGAUGGGCCAGUGAAAAGAAAAGGUUUUUAAGGUACUGAAGAAAGAAGAAGAAGUGUUUCUCAGGGAGACAUACUUGAUACAUCCCUUACUCUUAUAUACGCUCUGUUCCUCUUGCAGUCCUGUGUCCUGACUAUGGAUGAACAUGCAUGCAGUUGUGUCCAUUAAGAGCGAGAGAAUGCAUACACGAGUGCAUCUGUGAAGGGGGUCUGCAUGCUCCACAAUCUGACCUAGAUUCUCCCCCCUCCCCACACACACACACACCACCCCUUUCUCGUUUUCUCACUCUAGUCUCAUGUAGGGAAGGGAAUCUCUUUAACUCACACAUACACUAUAUAUUCAAUUAUGGUGCUGUCCGGACGCAAGCGCACACACACACACACACACACACACACACAAAUAAAUAAACA